CUCGGCGGAGGAAAACUGCGUUGCUCAACGGCUCUGCGUUUUGGGAACUGCCUGGGCGGGCUGAGACUCCCCCGCUAUUAUAGCUCAGUGUCUAAGUAACACCCAGGACCACAAGGCUUGAGCAAACACAAGAUGGUGAUUACCAGUGUGGCAUCUCUCAGAAGGACAUCACUGGCCAUGGACACAGAGAACAGAUGUUUGCAGUGAAGGUGCCUAGUGCCUAGUUUCCUAUUUCGUGGCUUAGACAGCUGCAGCGGUUAGGCGUCGGUGCAUGCCAGCGCUAGGCUGGUGGUACAAAGAAAUUCCAUUAUCCCUCAUCUCCUCUCUGCUGUGACAGAGAGGAGGAAAUCACCAUGCCAUGCUGUUGUGAGGCCAGGAAGAAGGAGGGGGGAAUUAUGAGUCAGAAUGGAGAAGAAAAGAAAACUGUCACUCUUGAAAUCCGCCUCUAAGCUUGGUAGACAGCACACACACUUAUUUUAAGACCACGACCAGAUCCUUUUUCAGCUGGCAUCUAGAACUGUAGAACUACGUGGAGACCUUGCUUCUAUUUUGGCCUUCCAUCAAUUAUUGCUGAAACCUUUUUUUACCUUUUCUUAUGUCUGUAUACAUUCCAGGGAGUAGAGUUAACGCGUUGAAUGCAAAGUGCAGCGGGGUGCAUCCAAGGCGAGCUCUGUUCAUUGUAUUUUAGUGAACACGCAUCCUUAUCUCAGCUGUCAAGAGGGAGGAUUCUUUUCUACAGUUACUUACUCUGAGCAAUAGAGAUAGUGGUGGGAAAGGAGGAGUGAGAAGAACAGAGGAUGACUGUGAGGGAGUGAACGUGCUUAACCCAGCCACUGAGUGACUCUUGUUUCCAAGGACGAAGGUAGCAACGCAUCCAAACGCCACUCUGCGCCCACGGACUCCUGUGGAGAUAUGAGGCGCACACAUAGGCACUCAGCAGCGCUCAUAUAGACUUAAGAACCUACCGGCCCUUCUUCACAGGGCCCCUGGGGUCUGACUUGCCUUUUCUGGAGUGCCGGAGCUGAUGACUGAGCGGAUCAUGACAGCAGCUAGAGGGAACUACACAGAAUGUUAGACUCGUUUAGCUUGAAAGGGAGUUUCCUGAUCUUAUUUCACCGGUGUCUUUGCACCUAAACUGGCCCACUUUUGUGUAUGUUUUUGGCCGAGGAGCAGGCUGGAGAGGAGGUAGUAACAGGUGCUGCGUGCCAAGGUGGACGUGGAGGUGUGGAGGAGAGCUGAAGAUCAUGGGUAAAUCAAACAGCAAGCUUAAGCCAGAGGUGGUGGAGGAGUUGACAAGGAAAACCUACUUUACAGAGAAAGAGGUGCAGCAGUGGUACAAAGGCUUCAUUAAAGAUUGUCCCAGUGGGCAGCUGGAUGCCGUGGGCUUUCAGAAGAUAUAUAAGCAGUUUUUUCCUUUUGGAGAUCCCACAAAGUUUGCCUCCUUUGUCUUCAAUGUCUUUGAUGAAAAUAAGGAUGGACGCAUCGAGUUCUCUGAGUUCAUCCAGGCCUUGUCAGUGACUUCCCGUGGGACUCUUGAUGAAAAGUUGAGAUGGGCUUUUAAACUCUAUGACCUUGAUAAUGAUGGCUACAUCACCCGAGAUGAGAUGUUGAACAUCGUAGAUGCCAUUUAUCAGAUGGUGGGGAACACCGUUGAGCUGCCAGAAGAAGAAAACACACCAGAAAAGCGAGUGGACCGCAUCUUUGCAAUGAUGGACAAGAAUGCAGAUGGGAAGCUGACUCUGCAGGAGUUUCAGGAGGGUUCAAAGGCAGACCCUUCUAUUGUUCAGGCAUUGUCUCUCUAUGAUGGACUUGUAUAGGAAUGUAAGAUGGAUCCAUCUCUGCAUCCACACGCCAAUCCAACACCAUCACACCUGCCAGGGGAGGAAGCCACAUUUAACUCGCUUCACCCAGAUGUGGACUACAAACUUUUUGUUGCACGGCCGUACGGCAUUCGUGUCAAGUAGCUGUUAAUCUACAUUUCCUGUUCGGAUUAUAAACAAAUAUAUCCUCUGAUGUGACGAAGAAGUCGAACAUGUCAGCAAAGCCCUCAUUUAUCCGUGCUUCACUUGGCGCCGCGUACACCCUUGAGUGUUGUGGACUGUGUCCGAGCAUUUCUGCAAACGCAGUGUUGUGGUUUCCCCAUGGACAGUCGAAGGGACUGAAUUCCCCCUGAGAUGUUCGCGUGUGCGUCUUGAUCACAUAUUGUAAACCAGGGAUGCACAUAAACCGCUCAGAGGAACUGUGCUGCUGCUUCACCACCAGAUGCAGAGACUCUAAACCCGGGAGAAUCUGGAAAAAUGUGUGACUUGGUGAUAAUGUGAACUCUAAUUUAAAGUUACGAAGCAGUAUAGUGUACAUUGUAUAAUGUAAAUAGAAUGGUAAUUUAUUUUCUGCUUUGCUGCGUUUAUGGGACUUUCCUCAUAAGAACGGAAUGAAGUUUUAUUUUUUAAUCAAAAGUGUUCAAAUGUAUUGCACUGUAUUUGUCCUUAUUGUGGGAUUGUUUUGUUCUCACAUGCUGAGGUUUCCUUUUCCUGAGAGAACAGGUUUUUAUUUGAAGAAGAGUGUUGAAGGAGCCGGGAGUCUUCUAUGGAUCAUUUUACUAUGUUUGCACUCUCUGCAUCCUAUUGUGUCUUCACUUCCACGUUAGCACUAGCGUCUAGUGUUGCACAUCUUGAACGACAUGACCAAGCAACACAGCGAAUUCUCACAGCUUGCAUCUGAACCGAGGCUCAUUAUUUCUUUUGAGAGCAUCGAUCUCCACCCUCAGUCAGCACACACACAAGGCCCUGGUCAUUGAGAGGCACAAACAGACAUCAAUUCUGCUUGUAAAACAUUUUUACGAGCUCUGUGGUUGCAAUUGUUCACUUUUUUUUUUUUGUCCUGUGUGAGGCCAAAGCAUGUGAUGCCAUUUCUUUCAGUCUUGAAUUGUUUUAGUUUCAGCAUUGAGAUGUUUUAUCAGCUUCACUGAUUUUAUGCCUUAUGCAAAUGAUAAUUUACUGAAUGAUAAAUGUAAUUUACCUGUUGAUUAACAGUAUAAGAGCACAGAAUAAAAUGCAUUUAAGUGGCAAGCUUUUCUAUUACUGCAUUCUUGGUCUUUGUACUUAUUGUAUUGAUUAAAAAAAGACUAAUAUGGUUUAUAUAUCACUUCUCAAGACAACAAUCGCACACCUGGUUGCAUAGUAUUCAUAAAAGAUGAUCCCUCCAGGAUUGCACAGAGUUGCUUCACUAAUAUAGAAUACUGUCUUGUUGAGUGUGUGUGUCAUACUUUAAAAAAACAGCAUCUUAAAUUCGUUCUUUGAUGUAAGUCUGCACUUUUUGUUGUGUAAUGAAGUGCAAAAAAACAGUGAUGUCUUGGCAUUGAUUGGUGGGUUAAUGAGGCUCAGUGGCUUUUGUGUAGAAGCCUCUGGGUCUCUCUGCUCACUGGGCCUGCUCAGACCUGCUUUCUGUUUUCUACUCAAGGACGGAUUCAAGUGAUAUCAAGAGGAGGAGGUCAGGAGGGUCCAGAGCUUUGAUCCGAGACUGCUCUGUCCCUUGGGUACAUCUUUGAUUCACUUUGUAUUUGAAAGAAGUAAUAUCUGUUUACUUAUUGCAGCAAAUGGAGAAGUUUUGAAGUUAACAUCCAUCUUCUAAUCUCAAAUACUCUGGGGCCCCUGCCACUUAAACUUUGGAAGAAAAUACUGAAUUAUUUACAUUAAUACAAUCUAGGCUGGAUUCCUCUGUGAGGUCUGAUCUCAUAUGCCAUAGCUAGACAUCGAGUGAAUACAAUUGAAUCAUCAACAACCCAUUUAUAUCCAGAUUAGCAACACCGUAAAAAGUGUGACACCUCAAGCUUUUCCACCCAUUCAUAUGCCAAGGGGAGAUUUCUCAGGGUGGGCUAUGUAUAAAAUUAGAUUGGUGUCAGCUGAAUAUAAACAAUGGCUAUUUAUAAAAACGAGGCUGUUACUGAGACAAUGUUCUCGGCGUGUCCAAAAUACAGGCUCCAGACUUCGCUGUUAA